CUAUUAAAAACGAAAGUAAAUAAAUGAUCUGUCUUGAUCUAAUCUUAGACGUCUCAGUAUCUGUAUUUUUUUUUUAAAUGAUUACUUGAAUUGGGAUGUUGAUGUCAAUGACGUUUGUUGGCACUUGCAUAAUCUAGAGUAGAUAUGGAUCUAUCUAUCUAUUAGACUCUAUAUUCUAUUGAAUUCUAGUAUUCUAUCUAGACACCAGCCAGUGACAGGAUGUCUGGAAUUUAACAGAUAAGAUACAGAUGAAGUCUUCAGCUAAAAUUUAUCCCUAAUAACAGACACUGCUACUCUAAACAUAAACCUUUGGUCAAUCAAAGCACUAUCAUGUCGGUAAAUAAAGUAUUCUCUGAACUUUUCUAUGUGGUGACAUUCUUCCAUUUGGCAACAUUGGCUGGGGCCCAGAGGAAGCCUAACAUAGUAUUUGUAGUUGCUGAUGACUAUGGCUUCCAUGACAUAGGCUACCAUGGAUCAGAGAUAUUCACUCCACAUUUAGACAAGCUAGCAGCUCAAGGAGUCAAAUUAGAAAACUACUAUGUCCAGCCUAUUUGUUCCCCAACAAGAAGCCAAUUAUUGACUGGUCGCUAUCAGAUUCACACAGGUCUCCAACAUAACAUAAUCUGGCCAUCUCAGCCCUAUGGCAUGCCCCUUGAAUUUCCAACUAUAGCAAACUUUCUGAAAGAGAAUGGCUACACAACUCAUGCGGUUGGCAAAUGGCACUUGGGACUGUACAAAAAGGAAUACACACCAUUGAAUAGAGGAUUUGAUACUUUUUAUGGUUACUGGGAAGGUGGUGAAGAUUAUUACACAUAUUAUAAUUGUGACACUUGGCACAACAAAAGUAUUGAUAUUGAAUCAGGCAUCACUAAAUCCUACUCAGAGAAGGACAUUCAAUCUCAUCAAAACUCUGACAAGACUCAAUGGUGUGGCUAUGAUCUCAGAGACAUGGACAAGCCAGUCACUAAUAUGAAUGGCUCAUACUCUACCUAUGUCUACACAAGCAAAUCUAUUGACAUCAUAAAUAAAGCCAACCCAGAAAAGCCAUUUUUUCUCUAUUUGGCUUACCAAGCAGUUCACUCACCAAUGGAAGUUCCAGAUAUAUACUUAGAGCCUUACAAACAUAUUCAAGACAAGAACAGAAGAAUUUACGCAGGCAUGACCAGCUGUAUGGAUGAAGGUGUAGCCAAUGUCACUAAUGCUCUGAAGGCUAAAGGAUUAUGGGAUAAUACUAUUUUUAUUUUCACAACUGAUAAUGGAGGCGAGGUACUUGCUGGAGGCAAUAACUGGCCAUUGAGAGGAUACAAACACACACUGUGGGAAGGAGGAGUCCGUGGCAUUAGUUUUGUGACCAGCCCACUGAUCCAACAGAAAGGUGUUAUCAGUGAAGAGCUGAUGCAUGUCUCGGAUUGGUUCCCUACCAUUGCUGACAUAAUUGGAGUCCAUAUGAACAGCAGUCUGAAACUUGAUGGCACAAAUCAGUGGCCUAUGAUCAGCAAAGGUGAGACAAGUAAAAGAAAAGAAAUUCUUCAUAACAUUGAUAUACUGACACCUUUGAAUGGAGACAGAAUGUACAAUGACACCUUUGAUACAAGAAUAAGGGCAGCCAUACGAAUGGGGAAUUACAAGCUGAUUACUGGUAUGCCAGGUGAUGGUAACUGGUAUCCCCCACCACAUGAUUCCCACUUGAAGAACCAUAAGUUCAACUCUACAGAAGCCAGUAACAAGAACAUCUGGCUGUUCAAUGUGAAAGUUGAUCCAUGUGAAGUGAUUGACCUCUCAGGUGUUUUAUUAGACCAGGUCAGGCUGAUGCUGGACAGACUUCUGUAUUACAAUGCCACUGCAGUCUCACCUCUGUAUCCAGAGUCAGACCCAAAUUGUGAUCCUACGCUACAUGGGGGCUACUGGGGGCCUUGGCAAUGAAAUGUCAUCAAUGAAGAAUGAGUUGAAAUGUUGUUUAUUAACAUUCCAGAUAUAAGAUGCUAAUUUUAUGUUAAAUUAAUUUUGCUUCUACUAUUUCAUAAUGAAAGAUUCUUGAAACAGAAAUUUUGGAAUAUCUUUUUUGUCAUCCAAGUUUUUCUAAUUAUACAUUUGUUUUAUAUUGUUAUUGUUUUUGGUAACCCCCUAGUUAUUGUUCAUCCUAGGAGUGACAUAAUGCUAAAUGCAAUUUUUCUCUUUCUGUGAUUUCAUAACAUUAAAGAAAUGGGAAACUAUUUACAGUGUAAUCUGCUUAAUCGAAGUGAUCUGAACAGGAGCCACCAUAGUUCAAUUAACUAUAUAAAAAUAAUAUUCUACAAAACUACUUCACUUUGAGUCAUCAAACAUGAGCUUGGGGUAGAUCCUUUUUAUAUAUUUUACUUUUUUUUUUUUCCUGUAUUUGUCUCAAUAGCUUUCCAGGGCAUUUUAUUUUCAAUGUAAAUAUAUAUGUAUUUUUCCUUCAAAGACUUUGGUAGAAAUUGAUGAUGCCAUUCUAUUAAGACAAUAGUGAUAUAGCAUGUGAUUAUUAUUACAAACAGUACAUAUUGUCUAAUCUGGGCAUGGCUGUAAGAGGAAGGAUGGGAGAGGGUUGGCCAGUCUUUUGUUUUGUUUCUGCUAGAAAUAGAAAACAGCAGGUUAGAGGAUAGGUGAACACCACAAACCUGUUAAGCUUGCAUGCAUGAGUGAAAAAGGCAUCCAGCUCAUAAAAAAUAUUUUCAGUUUGAUUUGAAAUUAUCCAGGACCAACAAAUAGAUUUUUUCUCUAAGGACUAAGAAUGAAAUGAAACUUAACUUGGCUGAUAUUUCAUUUAUGCAAGUUCAAAUUAUCUGGAUUCCACUGUAUAUAUACAUUAUAAAAUUAGAGUGUAGCAAAUCACCUUCACCGGAAAUGCUAAAGUAUCAAAUAUUCUAUUUCAGCAAUGCUUAGCAUUAUUGCCUCAAUCAGUAUUUAUACAAUUAUUGAUAACAUGUUCAUUUUUUUUUUUAAAUGUUGUCACACUGUGCCAAUACACAUAAUUUGUACAUAGACAAGAAGAAUUUGUUUCUCAUUCGUCUUCAAUGUUAUAUUUGAAUAAAGAUUCUGCUCAAAUAGCAUGACUAAACUUG